AACUGGAAUGGUCUACCGCGUCGACGUUCCGACCAAUAGCCUCGCAGCAGCGGCAAUAGCGGGAAGCGGAGUCGAUUGGUUGGGUUUUCUUGGAGAAUGGCGGCCAACGCGACUACCAACCCGUCCCAACUUUUGCCUCUUGAACUGGUGGACAAGUGUAUAGGCUCUCGUAUUCACAUUGUAAUGAAAAGUGAUAAAGAAAUUGUUGGCACGCUCCUAGGAUUUGAUGAUUUUGUCAACAUGGUAUUAGAAGAUGUUACUGAAUUUGAAAUCACCCCUGAAGGACGAAGAAUCACAAAGCUAGAUCAGAUUUUGCUAAAUGGAAACAAUAUAACUAUGUUGGUUCCUGGAGGAGAAGGACCAGAAGUAUAAAUAAGUUCAUUCGACAUCACUGCAAGAAGUUUUGUUACAUAUUCUGUGGGAAUAUCUUUCUAAAAUUUGUUGAGUUUCUGUUCUUACACUUCACAUUGAUAUUUAAAUGUAACAUGUUUUCAAGGAUAAGGCAUCUUUAAUAAUGGCUUUGUACAUUAAAAUCAUGACUCUGUUGUAAAAACAAAAUUAAUUUGCUGUUGAAGGCAAGGCAAUAAAAUGUUUUUUUUUUUUA